UGGGGUUGUUGUGGAACGCGGAGUAGCGGAGAGGAGGCCGCUCGCUCGCUACUGGAUACAGUGUAUCCAGUGGAACCCCGAUACAGUGGAACGGGGAUACAGUGUAUCCAGUGGAACCCCGAUACAGUGGAACCGGGAUACAGUGUAUCCAGUGGAACCCCGAUACAGUGGAACCGGGAUACAGUGUAUCCAGUGGAACCCCGAUACAGUGGAACGGGGAUACAGUGUAUCCAGUGGAACCCCGAUACAGUGGAACGGGGAUACAGUGUAUCCAGUGGAACCCCGAUACAGUGGAACCGGGAUACAGUGUAUCCAGUGGAGCCGGGAUACAGUGGAACGGGGAUACAGUGUAUCCAGUGGAGCCGGGAUACAGCGGAACGGGGAUACAGUGGAACCAAGACUCGCUAUGAAUGAGGAGCAGUUCGUCAACAUUGACCUGAACGAUGACUACAUCUGUGGCGUGUGUAAGAUGGAGACGGCCAAGGAGAUGCUGUCCUUUUGCCACAUUUGCUUUGAGCUCAGCAUUGAAGGUGUGCCCAGGUGCAGCCUGCUCCACACGGAGUCCGUGCGUGGCCACCGCGAGUGCUUCGAGAAGUGUCACCUCAUCGCCAGCCAGGACCAGCCCCGCUCCAGGUCCACCAAGACCACCUACAGGGACGUGAAGGAGAUCCUCAGCAGGAAGAUCGGCCAGAUAAUCCACUACGCCCAGAACCACCACCCGGACCCUGACCUCCGCGGCUGCCGGCCGGCCCAGGUCAGAGGUGGCGACCUCGACCUCGACCCCGCCUGCCUGCGGACGCACUUCCACCAGCCCAACGGGUCCCAGUUGCCCCGUUACUCCCCCCGCUGGCUGGAGGCGGGAGCGCCGGCAUACUCGCAGUGUACCCGGGGCAUCUUGGUGCAGGAGCGGCGGUCUGGGAUUGGCCUGGGAGCGGACGCCAGCGGAGAAGCUCGAUGGUCAAGAGAAGAUCGGCUCCCCAUGGACAACCCUGGGGGGGCCCAGUGUCACCCACGCUACGCACGAGACGACUUGAGCGGGAUGGCGAUGGAUGAACUGAUGGUGCUAAAUGCCCAACUCCUCAAACAGAUCAAAGUGGUCUUCGAAGAUCUGACGCGAGAACUGGAGACGAAGGAUUCCCUCUCCUCCGAGCUUCACGUCCGUUACAUUGCCAUCGAGCAGCUCUUCAAGAACAGCUCCAAACUGCCUUGGUUACAGAUCGGUCGCAGAGGAGUCAAGCCCAGUGUCCCCCUCGACAACUGACCCUCUCCCCAUCUCCGACAAGACUCUCAAAACCCAACGCCGACAUUGAUAGAAGACUAUGAACUCCACUCGAUGUGGCAAAUAUUUUCUACCCUAUUUUGCAUUGCUAUUUACAGAGAGAGUUUGGGAGCGUUUUAACUACGUGUGUGAAUCUAAUGUGUUUUUUAAAGCCAUUUUUCCUGCUUUGCCACACCUUCAGUGUUUACUGCAAACUUGUUGGACUGAAGGAUUUUUUUUUUUUAAUCUGCUUCUCAAACCCACAUCCUUUGCCAACAAGGUGGGUGGGUAAAGGCAUCAGGGACAAUGCAGUGCCAUGCAAUGCAGGUCUCUUUCCCAGGAUAGCUUCAUCCCGACUUGGGAAACGUAUUAUUAUACCCACAUAACACGUAGAACAGUACAGCACAGAAACAGGCCCUUCGGCCCCAAAUGUCCAUGCCGAACAUGAUGCCAGGACCAACUCUUACCUGCCUGUGAAAACGGGCCCUUCGGCCCAUUGAGUCCAUGCUGACCAAGGUGGUUUUAUGAUCUUGCAGGAGCAGGUUGUGAGACUGUCACUGCCCCACCAGCGAGGGUUUAAGCAGGCACGGUGGCACAGCGGUAGAGCUGGUGCCUUACAGCGCCAGAGACCCGGGUUUGAUCCUGAUUAUCUGUACGGAGUUUGUACCUUCUCCCUGUGACCUGCCUAUGUUUUUUUCUCCGGGAUCUCCGGUUUCCUCCCACACUCCAAAGACGUACAAGUUUGUAGGUAAAUUGACUUGGUAAAUGUAAAAAUUGUCCCUCGUGGGUGUAGGAUAGAGUUAGUGUGUGGAGAUCGCUGGUCGGCGCGGACUCGGUGGGUCGAAGGGCCUGUUUCCGCGCUGUAUCUCUAAACCAAACUAAACUAAAACAGAUUUAGGAAUCACAAACUAUUUGAAAGUGGUGGGUGUGAUGUCUGAUUGGGUGUCUGAGGAAGGAACUACAUACAACAUUGAAAUGAUAUUUGAACAUGUACGUGGAUAGGAAAGGUUUAGAUGGAUAUAUGGGCCAAAAGUGGACAGGUGGGACUAGCCUAGAUGGAGCACCUUGCUCAGCAUGGACAAUUUUGGCCUGUUUCUGUACCGUAUGGCUGCAGGUAGACUGCGGACUCUGGCCCAACAUCCGAGGCCAAUUCUGCUGCACCAACUGAAGAGGACAUGCAGCUGCAUGCAACGAGCCUCAGUGGCAGUCAUUCAGCCAGGCCGUGUCCACCUUCCGGGGGCCAAUGCAACCCCCCCGACUUCAAACCACUGCCACCCUUGCGGAGAUAUCAGCUGCGGUUCCUGUUCCAACUCUGCAUUGAUCUCAGCGAACAGUAACACGGACUAAUGGGGCCGAAUGGCCCGUUCUUACUGUUGCCCAGUUUGAAAGCCUGAAAAUGUAGCACGGCAGAGAGAGCGAGAAAACGUUCUUGGAUAUGUUCAAGAAGGAACUGCGGAUGCUGGAAAAAAUCGAAGGUAGACAAAAAUGCUGGAGAAACUCAGCGGGUGAGGCAGCAUCUAUGGAGCGAAGGAAUAGGUGACGUUUCGGGUCGAGACUUAUUAUUUGUGAAAAUAUUACAGUUCAGUUACAGUUGUUUAAAAAAGAGCUGCAGAUGCUGGAAAGAAGGGUUUAUUCCACGUCUCUAUUCCUUCCCUCCAUAGAUGCUGCCUGACCCGCUGAGUUUCUCCAGCAUUUUUGUCUAAAGUCCUUGGAUAGAAACAUUAUUGCCACACGUACCUUGAAGGUGCGGUGAAAUUCUUUUUCAGAUGCGAUCCUUUUUCAUAGUGUUUGGAAUACAAAUUUUCCAGGACUGGACUGGGAGAGACUCCACCCAGGGCACAGAAUCUCUCCCCAAUCGUGUGGUAUUUCAGACUUUAAAUACAACUUUAUUUUUCAGUAGGUAGCAAAGCAUAUGAGUUAUUUCUGUAGUGACUAUCGCGCGCGCGCGUGUGUGUGUGUGUGUGUGCGCGCGCGGGGAAUGUACAUGUUCCAAAGAUAUUUAAAAUCAUAGAGAAUAUCCUCUAUGAAUUGCAAGCACAAUACUGGAAAUCUUGACGAAACCACAAGCAAUUCAGGGGUGUGUGGGAGAGAGAGAAUCUGGAGUGAGGAUUAAUAUUUCAGGUCGACCACAUUUCCCAAACUUGUUAACUCUUCCACAGGUGCUGACUGCCCGGAGUAUUUCCAGCAAUUUUCUGCUUUAGCCCUUUGUAUUCUGCGAGAUUUUGACCCGGAUUUAUACAAUGUAGUUUUUUUUUUUGAAUAAUUGAUCUGAGUUUUGGGUUAGUUCCUGUUCAGUUUCGCCUUUAGUUUAUUGUCACGUGUACCGAGGUACAGCGAAAAGCUUUUGUUGCGUACUAAUCAGUGGAAAGGCAAUACAUGAUUA